GGGUAGACUUGGUAUGAUCCAUUCCACUUGCCCCAGACCCGAGGUCUGAUUCUGAGCAGAGAGAUACGCGUCCACUGGCGCUGCUGCAGAGGAAGUGCACGACUGAAUCUACAGACUAAAGUGUCAGAGACAGAGAGGGAGAUGAGCUGUGUCAGAGUCCAGUCUUGCUCUGGGACGGCAGACUGACUGAAACUACCGGGAAAGCACUCAGUUUUCACAGCUGUGCAUCUCUGGAGUCAUGAGCUCAAAGGGGACGAACCUGCACAACAAACGUCUUCCCUCGGAGACAGAACAUGCACAGAGAGUCCCGGACACAGAGUCGGCCCAGCAAAUGAGGCUGAGAGAGAGACAACGAUUCUUUGAGGAGGUGUUUCAACACGAUGUGGAUGUCUACCUCUCCUCUGCACACCUGCAGAUAGAUUAUAAGAGACCUCCUUUAGGAAGCAUCUCAUCAAUGGAGGUGAACGUUGAUAUGCUAGAACAGAUGGAUCUUAUGGACAUCUCUGAUCAGGAGACCUUGGAUGUCUUCUUCAGUGCCAGUGGAGAGGAAGGAGCACUGACAUCUCCUCUUCCAGCUCUUGGUCACACUGACUUAAAAGAAGAAGGAUUGCGGAGAAAUGACGUGUCCUUAAGAAUUUCUGACCCUUGUGAGAUCAAAACACGUAUGUUGUCAACCUCUUCAAGCUCCACCUGUGACAGUCAGGCCUCCAAUGAGGACGGAUCAAACACUCCUGUUGUCCAAUCAGAUGAUGAAGACGUGCAUGAAGAUAGCCUGUUGCAAACAGGGGUGCCCACAGGCAACAAUGAAGCGUCCCUGACCUCUGACCUCUCAUUAUAACCUGCCUUGCCAUUUAUUACUGACGGUUUGGGAAAAGUUACAUGUCUAGGUUGAGACUGUUUUAGGGUUGGGUUGAGUAGUUUCAGCUAUGUCAAUCUACCGAAGACCUUCAUGAACGUUGCGAAAUGAAACGCAUACAAAGCUCCUAUUACGCCACACAGGGAGUGUCACACUUUGACAGACCUGCAUUGUUGUAUUGUCAUUUGCGUCUUAUCGUUUAACUCUAUCAUUGGCUCUUUUGGGGAAAAAAUAGCUGCAGGUAUAUUGACACCACAUACAUACCACAAAUAUGUUGCAAUUCUUUUUUACAAAAAUUGGUGCUGUUCAGUAGCGAUACUAAAUGCAAACAGGUGUGCCCAUAGCCAAUAAUGAGAGACUAAAACUGUUGAGGUGAGUCUCACACAAGCAUUUCACCACAAAUAUCGAAAGAAAACAAAACAUAGAGAAAAUUAAGCCUCUUAUUUUGACCAUUAAAAGGCAUGUUACAUAAGGAAUCAUUUCAUAAUUGUCAUUUUUGGUAGAACUAUCUGUAUAAGUUUUUUUUUUUUUUUUUGUAUUUGGCAUUAUUUUACAUUUAUGCAUUUGGUAUACACCUUUAUCCAAAGUGUCUAUUGCAUUGAAGAUAUGCAUUUUAUCAGUUAAUGCAUUACCUGGGAAUCAAACCAUGAUCUUGACAUUGUUAGCCCCAAGGUCGUGCUCUACUUUUUUCCCAUUCUUUCCUCUUUUUUUUGUAAUUUUUGUUCUUAAUGAAAAAAAAAAUCUUAAUGGUGAUUCUCAUUAAUUUAUUACUGUAUUUUUUUUUUGUUAGAACAAUAAAAAAUUGUUUUUUUUUAAGCCAACAUAAAAGGCAAUGCAAAAAAUACUAGCAUGGUUUUCAAAUAACAGUAUAAUAAAUUGUUAAUGAGAAUUUAAGAGGAAAUGCUUAUUUGUUAUGAAAAUAAUGUGCAAAACAACUUAAUAGGUAUUCAUUUUAUUUUAAUAGAUUGCCUUUCUUAUUCAAGAGAGUAAAGAAUAAGGUUGGGGCGAGAGGAUGGUGACCCAUAACCACCCAAAAUGUAACCUGGUGAACUCACAGUCAUGUCAUGCACAACCCAUUAUGUAACAUGCACUGAUAGACUUCAUUUUCUUUAAGCAAAUUAUUAUUAUUAUUUUAUUUCUUUUCAUUAGGAGUGAAAUAUGACCCAUUCUUGACAGUUUUUGUGAGACCUAAAAGACCUGUUGGGUGUUUACGUUGAUAAUGUCUUGGUUAAAUAAUUUUUUUUUAUUUUUUUUUAUUAUGUGCUGAGGAUGUCUUCCUCUCUGAUGUCCACAACACCUUAUGCUUUGCUAUCAAAAUAAAGCCAAAUGCCAGAUAAA